AUGUUGCAACCUCGGCCCUCGGCUCAACAUUGGAUCUAUCUUCCCAUGGGUCUCCUCUUCCCACAGGCUAGAAGCAUCAACCUAGUUAAUGAAUUCAAUCUAGACCAAUUGGUGGAUUCCAGUGUCAUUAAGUUUGGAGGUGCCUGCAACAAUGCUGGAGCAGCUUUUUCCUACAAAUCAGAUGCAAAGCUCUCCAAACCAGCUAGUUCCGUCUUCCCACAUGGCAUUCCGGAAAGCUUUUCCAUCUUGGGUCUGGUUAAAGUCGAUGUUGCCGGUAAAGAACAGACCCUCUUGGACGUUCGGGAUGAAGAUGGGCGAGAAGUCUUGAGUCUCACUCUCGAUACUCAGUUGGUUUUCAGACUCGCAGAGACCCCAGAAACAGCAAACAUCGUUCGACUCAAUCACACUCUUGCCGGUACAGGGUGGUCAUCCGUCGGUCUGAGCGUGAAAGGCGAUACCCUCGUCUUAAUGUUGAACGGUAAAGAACGCGACUACGCAACUCUUCACAGAAGUAGUGCUGAUUCUUCCGCCAUUAAGAGGGGAACAGUUUACUUCCUUCACGGUCGAGAGGGACACGGAACACAGACCGCCAGAAUUGGCGAUCUGGUCUUCUCCCCUGAUCCUGAGCAGGCUUACAACUAUCACCAGCGUGUGGUUGAGAUCUGCCCAAAUAUGGCAACGCUGACGAAUUCUAAUAUCAUGGUGAAUGAGGAGAUUUUCAUAGAAGAGGUCGAUGGAAUUAUCUAUAUUCAAGGUCCCCAAGGGCCAAAAGGCCAACCUGGACCCAGGGGACCUAAAGGACCUCCUGGUCGCGACGGUCGGCCUGGACUACCAGGAGCCCCUGGACUUCCAGGCUCCCCAGGUCACGUCAUCAUAAUGCCAGUUCCAUCCCACGGCAAGAACGAAAACGUUCGAAUGGCCCAGUUCCGAUCCGCCAUCCAACAGUCUGUGAUGAUGCUCAAGGGUCCACGUGGUUUACCAGGUAUGUCUGGUCUUCCCGGCAUCCAAGGUCCCUCUGGUCCACCAGGUCCUAAGGGUGACCAGGGUCCCCAAGGCGACCCCGGAUUCACUGGUCCUGUUGGUCCUCGCGGUCAUCCUGGUCCUAGAGGACCGAUUGGACGUGCAGGUAGGGACGGUGAACAGGGUGUCAUGGGUCUUCAAGGUCCUAAAGGUGACCCCGGAUUUCCAGGUCUUCCUGGUUUGCCUGGCAAUCGUGGUCAUAGAGGUAUUGAUGGUCCCCCUGGUGAAAAAGGUGCCCAAGGUGAACGCGGCCCAACCGGUCCUGCUGGUAGACCUGGUGAAACCGGUCCCAACGGAGAACAGGGUCCCCCUGGCUAUGCUGGUCCAGCUGGCCCACCCGGACAACCCGGUAUCCGUGGUCUUCCCGGUCCCGUGGGUCCACAAGGUCCCAAGGGUGACAUUGGCCAAACUGGUUUGGCUGGUCCCACCGGUCCUGCUGGACCACCUGGUCCAGCUGGCGUUGUUGGGCCUCAAGGUGAACGUGGUACCCCGGGUAUGCCUGGUCGUCGUGGUAACCCAGGUGUAUCAGGCGCUUCAGGUGCCACUGGCCCUACUGGUAAUCCUGGUGCUCAGGGUGAUAUUGGUCCGAAGGGCGACGAUGGUGCCGAGGGUCUCCCUGGUGACGUCGGUCCAAUGGGUGCGAUCGGUUUCAAGGGCGAUCGUGGACCCCGCGGUCCAGUUGGUCCCAAAGGAGCCACUGGUGUAGCUGGUAUGACUGGAGUUACAGGAGAGCGUGGUGAUCGAGGAGAAAACGGUGAACGAGGCUUCCCUGGUCCUACUGGUCCUGAAGGUCUCCCAGGGGAAAAGGGUGAACGCGGACAAGUUGGUCAAGCUGGUCCUCAUGGUCCUGAUGGUGAGAAGGGUUCUCAAGGUCCGAUGGGACCUCCUGGUUAUGCUGGAGCCCCAGGUCCUAAGGGAGCGGUUGGCCCUCCCGGUCCAAGUGGACGUGAUGGUGAGAAGGGAGACAGUGGUCCCAUUGGCCCAAUUGGUAUGAGAGGCCCAGUUGGUCCAGCUGGACCCCCUGGACCAAGGGGUGCUCCAGGACCAUCGGGUCCACCAGGACCUCGUGGAGAUGAAGGACCAGUCGGUCCAAUGGGUGCUCCUGGUCCGGCCGGACCUACAGGCCCUCGUGGCCCACUCGGAUUUACUGGACCUGUUGGACCGACGGGUCUUCCUGGUGUUCAUGGUCCUCCGGGUGAUAUCGGUGAACGUGGUGAGUCGGGAGAACGCGGUCCACCUGGUGAAAUGGGUCCAAUUGGUCUUCCUGGCCCUACUGGACCCACAGGUGAUCCAGGACCAGUUGGUGAACCAGGACCCAGAGGCCCUCGUGGUCCUUUGGGAGUCCCUGGUAAACCCGGUAAAGAAGGCGUUGAAGGUGAACCUGGUGACAAAGGUGACCAAGGUCCUCCUGGUCCUUCAGGUGCUGCUGGACCCAUCGGUUUUCGGGGUGCACGAGGACCCAACGGACCUCGUGGAAAGAUCGGUCCUAAGGGAGAUCAGGGCAAACCUGGUCUUCAAGGUCGUACAGGAGAUCGUGGUGAACGCGGUGACCUCGGCCCUAGAGGUUCUCCUGGUCCUCUGGGCCCUCAAGGUGCACGUGGUCCUGAUGGCCCACAGGGCGAACCUGGAGACAAGGGUGAAGCUGGUGUAACUGGCCCUGCUGGUCCUGCAGGUCCAAAGGGUGUUCGUGGACCCCGCGGUAAGCCUGGACCUCUUGGACCUCCUGGCAUUGAUGGCCAAAAGGGUGACCAAGGGCCGAAUGGUGAAGUUGGUCCCAAGGGUGACCGUGGCGCUCCUGGUGAACCUGGCCCACAAGGUGCUCAAGGUAUUAUGGGACCACCUGGUAUCGCUGGUCUACCUGGUGACCCCGGAGAACCUGGAGAGCCUGGGCCUCAAGGACCUAAGGGCGUCCCUGGUAAACGCGGACCUGUUGGUCCUCCUGGUCUUAUGGGUCCUCCUGGUCCACCUGGUCCAGUCGGUCCCCGUGGUGAGCAGGGUGACAAGGGACCGCAAGGAGCUAUGGGUAUCCGUGGUCCCCCCGGUCCUACAGGCCCAGCUGGAGCUGCCGGUGUUCGUGGUCCUACAGGUCCUCCUGGUCCUGGUGGUCCUCCUGGCCCUAAGGGCGAAACCGGUCCCAUUGGUCCUCGUGGGGAGAAAGGGAAUAAGGGCUCCACUGGUCUUGAUGGUAUUCCAGGUGUCAAGGGUUCUCGUGGUAAACGCGGUCCUCAAGGACCAACUGGUCCCGUCGGAAUGACCGGUCCCCCUGGUCCUCCCGGUGAUAUGGGUCCAACCGGUCCAAAAGGAUCAAUGGGAGCUCCUGGCCAAAGUGGAGAGCGCGGUGCUACCGGUCCAGCAGGUAAGGAUGGUCCUCCUGGAUCUCAAGGUCCGGAUGGAUCAAUUGGCGAAGAAGGGCCUCCUGGCCCAACAGGGUUAGCAGGCGAGUCUGGUGUUCAAGGUCCAGUGGGCCCAGAGGGUGAAAGCGGUCCAGCUGGAGAUCGUGGUGACCGGGGCAAACCAGGAGACAGAGGACCGCGAGGUGCUCGUGGUCCACCUGGUCCUCCUGGUCCUGUUGGCCAAAUUGGUGAAACGGGUUCUGCUGGAGAAGUCGGCCCACAAGGUCCUAUGGGCAACCCCGGUAAAAAGGGACGACGUGGUUCAAAGGGACCCCUUGGACCAAUGGGUCCUAAAGGAGAUACAGGCCAGCGUGGUGUGCGUGGUAAUCCUGGUACUGUUGGUCCAACUGGACCGAAAGGAGAGCCAGGUAGCCCUGGUGAUCGCGGUCCAGAGGGCAAACAGGGUGAACCUGGCCCAAUGGGAGAUGAGGGACGCAAAGGUGACACCGGUCCACCUGGUGAUGAUGGUGAACAGGGACCUGUUGGUCCCACCGGACCAGCCGGACCUCAGGGCCUUCAAGGUCCGCGAGGCGAGCGCGGUCCCACUGGUGAUGCGGGACCCCAAGGCCCACAAGGUCCUACUGGUCAGGUCAAGGUCCUCAGUCCUUCAGGCGGCUUUGAGGGUAAUAUGAGGCUUAAAAGACGUCAGGCGCCCGAUCCUAAUCAAGUGAUAACAUUGCCGGAGUUGAACAAGGCUCUUUUUGAUCGCAUUGACCAUUUGUGGAAUGAAGCCCAACGUUUGACGAAGCCUUCUGGAAAUAGUCAGGAAUAUCCCGCUCCCAGCUGCAAAGACAUAAAGUUGAAUAACAAAUUCGCUCGUAAUGACACUUAUUGGAUUGAUCCAAAUGGUGGUUCAAGUUCUGAUGCUGUCAAGGCUGAAUGCAUCUUCCAUGAUGAUGGAACCGUAGAAACGUGCCUUUCAACCGGUGUUGCUUCGGAGAACCUUGCUACUUACCUGAAACCACGCUCAAGUGAAGCUGAUUAUUGGCAGAGCCAUCUUCUUGUUGAGAAUGGUAUAAGUCCUCCUGAUCUUCAUCACCAGAGCCCACAUACCCAAAUGAACCUUCUCCGAAUUCAACAUCGUUAUGCAACUCAGGAGUUAGAAUUCUUCUGUGAGGGGACAACAAUCUUUGGUGGUGAUAUCAACUGGGAAACCGAAGAAGUUGACAUGUCAAAGGCAACAUCUCUGUUGGCUCACAAUGGUCGGGUGAUUGAUCUGACCAAAGGUGAUCAUCACGGUCCGGGAGAAAACUAUAUGGAGAAGAUUGACUUCGAAAGUGCCAUUCAUCGACAUGAUGUGCGUGUUUCCAUUGAGUAUGACGGUUGUAGGCACCGUCAACCGGGUACCUCAACCAAAAUGCAUAUUGAGACCCGCGACCCCCAAUUGUUGCCAAUUAUUGACUUCACUGUGAAAGACUUUGACGCGAGUGGUAGAAGUACCCUCAGUCUCGCUGUCAGGGCUGUCUGUUUCAAGAACUAA